GAGGUGCGCUUGUUGAAUGUGAACUCCACACACCGGCGUGCGGUGUGCUUGUCGAAUGGUACAUCGCCAUAAGCUCCGCCCACGCCUGAGUCUCCUCAGCAGAAGUUGGGGCAACGAUCUGCAGUUUGGAUUCGUGACGACUCAUCUGCGAAUGAAGAAAAAACUCUGAGAACCAAGAUGUCGCGUUUGGCUGCACUAGGCCAGAGUGGAGUCCGCCUCUGCUUGUUUGGGACUCGACGGACAAACCUUGCUUCCUUUGCCGGCUCUCCCACCUGCAGCCACUACAGAUGUUUCAGUGCCACAACUUCGGCAUCAUCUGCAACCAAUGAAAAAACACCUUCCUACAGUUAUAUCAUUGUGGGGGCGGGGUCAGCAGGCUGCGUCUUAGCCAACCGCCUGACAGAGGACACCAAUGAGUCGGUGUUGCUGCUGGAGGCGGGGCCUAAGGACCUGUUUGGUAGUGUGCGACUGUCCUGGAAGAUCCACAUGCCAGCAGCAUUGAUGUACAACCUCUGUGAUGACAAGUAUAACUGGUACUACCAUACGGAACCUCAGGCCCACGUGGACAAUCGGGUGAUGUACUGGCCCAGGGGCCGGGUGUGGGGCGGCUCUUCUUCACUGAAUGCCAUGGUUUACAUCCGUGGACACGCUGAAGACUACAAUCGCUGGCAGAGACAAGGUGCAGAGGACUGGGACUACCAACACUGUCUGCCUUACUUCAAGAAAGCUCAGUGUCACGAACUGGGAGAAAACAGGUACCGCGGAGGGAGUGGACCCCUGCAUGUGUCAAGAGGGAAGACCAAUCACCCUCUUCACAGAGCUUUUAUUGAGGCGGGGCAGCAGGCAGGAUAUUCCUUCACUGAUGACAUGAACGGCUAUCAGCAAGAAGGUCUGGGCUGGAUGGACAUGACCAUCUAUAAAGGAAAGAGGUGGAGUACAGCAAGUGCUUACCUGAGGCCUGCCUUGGGUCGGAGCAACCUGAAGACGGAGGUUCGCUGUCUGACCACCAAGAUCUUGUUUGAAGGCAACUGCGCCGUGGGCGUGGAAUAUUUGCAGAAAGGAGAGAAGAAAAAGGUGUUUGCAGAUAAAGAGGUGAUACUGAGUGGCGGAGCCAUCAACUCCCCUCAGCUUCUCAUGCUGUCUGGGGUUGGAAAUGCUGACGACCUGAAACAACUUGGAAUCCCAGUGGUCCAACACUUACCAGGUGUUGGCAGUAAUCUGCAGGAUCAUUUGGAGCUGUACGUCCAACAGCAGUGCACUCAGCCCAUCACUCUGUACAAAUCCCAGAAACCCUUUCAGAUAGUCGAGAUUGGACUGGAGUGGCUCACCAUGUUCACAGGUUAUGGAGCUACAGCCCACCUUGAAAGUGGAGGGUUCAUUAGGAGUCGGCCGGGUGUCACGCAUCCUGACAUCCAGUUUCACUUCCUGCCCUCACAGGUUAUCGACCAUGGACGUGUUGCCUCAAAAAUUGAGGCGUACCAGGUGCACGUUGGACCAAUGAGAAGCACCAGCAUCGGGUGGUUGAAGCUGAAGAGCACCAACCCUCUGGAUCACCCGAUUCUACAGCCGAACUACCUCUCCACUGACGUUGACGUGUGGGAGUUCAGACAGUGUGUCAAACUCUCCAGAGAGAUUUUUGCACAGAAGGCUUUUGAUCCAUUUCGUGGUCCAGAGGUGCAGCCUGGUCCUCAUGUGCAGUCUGAUGCUGAAAUCGAUGCCUUUGUGCGUCAGAAGACAGACACCGCCUACCAUCCAUCUUGCACCUGUAAAAUGGGUUCACCUUCAGACCCUAAAGCUGUCGUGGACUCAAACACACGAGUUCUGGGUCUGGAACGACUUCGCGUGGUUGACGCCUCCAUUAUGCCCAGCAUCGUCAGCGGCAACUUGAAUGCUCCAACCAUCAUGGUGGCAGAGAAGGCUGCCGACAUCAUCAGGGGUCGGCCAGCUCUGGUGGACCCGGGUGUUCCAGUGUACGAACCACCAACACUUGACACGCAGAGAUGAAUCCACGAGAAGCUCUAUGUGGUGCCCAUUUAUAAUCCUCAUCUAUAUGGUAACAAAAGAGGAUUUUCAGGUGACAUCAGCUGUUAAUGUGAACGUGCGCUCCUUUUAAUUUUAACUGUGUCAAACCUGUUUUAACAUUUCUUAUUGCAGCCACUCUGAAUGAGCUUCUUAAAUAUUUUCUGUGAUGUUUUUUUUUUAAACUUUUUUUCAUAAUUUUUAAACAAAUGCUACACACUACUUUUAAAUAAUGACUAACUCCCCCCCCCAAUAUAAGUUGUCUCAGAUUUCUUUCUUUUUUUAAGAAAUGGAGACAUUUUGGUGCUAAAAGUUUGUUUUAUUUCGCAGCCUUGCUGGAUAUUCUAAGGAUUCUAAAGUGUGAACUUGUUUCAAACAAGCAGCACCUUAAAGUGGUCGGUUUGAAAACGAUCUUAUUGAAUGAUCGCAAAUGUCUAUGGAUUAAAGGGCUCAAAGUUUACAUAUUUUCACGUCUCAGGGUGUCUUUGAAAAAUUAUUUUGAACCAAAAAUACCUCAGUCACUGAGGUGAUUACGUGAACAAUUAUUGGUGGGAAAAGUUCUGGUGUUAUGCUGCAUUCUGGACAAAUCAAAAAAUUCAGACCUCCUGCUUUAAAAAGUAGUUUUGAUUAGUAUUUAAAGGUGCCCAUCUGGCCUGGAAUCUCAAGAAAAUUGGCGUGCCCAAGGUCACAGAGACAUUUGUGGAUUCUAUUAAAUUUGGUAUCUGUAACCUGGAACAUAGCAUGUUCAGAAGUAGGAACAUUUAUCCAGGAAAUUCUUACAUCUUCAUCGAGAAUUAAUCAUCGGUGGCAAUGAAAACUUAACAGGAUUUCUGUAAGCGAGUAUCCCGCUCUUUAUAUGAACAUUAUUACGUUGACAUGGUGCAUUUGACUGUUACUACGUAACGCUCGCUCAUGGUACACUGAGUCCCAAACAGGAAGUGCCAAAUUUUGAGUCCACACUGAAACAGGAAAUGUCAAAUGUUGAACACUUCCUGGAAUGACACUUCCUGGAUUGACAGACGAGUUCUCGGCGAAUCUUGCGGGAACGUUGUGUAAAACAAGAAGUUCUAAUCCACCUUAUUAGAAGAAGAAAAAUCUUUGACCCAAAUUUGAACCUGAAUAUGUUGUUUGAACCAUGGACUCCUAAUGACAACAAAAUUAUAUCGGUGAGUAAACAACUGUAUUUUAUGUCAGAAAUGAGCUCCAGGUUGUUAAAAACAGCAUUUCUCCUUUAAUUUGGGUUACCUUAUAUAUGCGUGUUUCUCCAGUGAUUUUAAAUGAGCAGGCAGCUAAUUCAUGAGCUAUAACAUGAAGGCGCUCAGGCUGAAAGAAAUACAGGUAAUUUACCCCUUCUGUGUUCUGUAUAAAACCUAUGUAACCUCUUAAUUUUGCUCUCUGAAGGACUCAUUUUUAAAUAACCUCUUAUUUUUGCUGUCUG